CUACUUUCACUCUCGUUGCAGGAAAUUUGAAAUGGGCCUCUCGUUUUUCCUGUAUUAUAUUAUGUGUAGAUGGAAGAAACAAACUGGUUUCCCGGCGCCAGCGGCUGUACACCGCCGCCGUGGGAGAUAAACCCUUCACCUCGCCGGGAAAACAGAAAAGGGAAGCGGCAGCGGAAGCGAAGAACAGAAGCCACGACGGCUGGUUGCAACCUUUUCUUUUCCGGUCCAGCCACACUGCCAACACAUUCUUCCUAAAUGGCUAAAGGUCAAGCCCUAAGCUCCUUUUUCCGUGUCGCAGUACUACGUUCCAAAACCCCCUCCGCCGGCCCCGUUGCCGUUCCUCCGACCACUACCAACGAUGGUCUACAACUUUGCGCUCCCAUCAUCAACGCCUGCUCUGCCACCAAGCGCUCUGCUAAAACCUCGAAGAAAUGCAGUACUCCUGCCCUCGCGACCCCCUCCUCCGCCGCCACCAUCGCAGCCUGCUGCUCCCCAGCAUCUUCCUCGACGACCGAAGGCUCCGUUAAAACCCUAAAGAAAUGCUCCCUUAAAUCAAAGCAGAAUCCUGCUUCAGCUAGUUCCACGCUGCCCGAUAGCAAGAUGGAAGCUUCCAGUAACGGCUCAGAUGAUGCCCCACUUGAGCUGACAGGGGACCUAACGACCAUAAUGAUCGAUACUGUUUCAGAUCUCUGGCCCAAUUCAAAGGGAGCCAGUGAAGAGACAUCUUCAGAAAUUAGAUUGGAUAUCCCUUUUUUUCCUAAUCUCACAAGUGCAGAUAUCUCUUCACAACGGAAAGACGUGAGACGUGCGAGUAAAGAUAAAUUCAUCUUCAGCUCUGGUCAGGAACAUCAUGUUCAGCGGAUAGCCAGAACAUGCGCCGAGAAGCUUGGACCAGAGCAGACCCUAAAUGUAUUUGGAAAGUUGCGGCAAGGAACAGGCGUAAAAGAGUAUGAUGCAUUGAUAAAGAGCUGCUUAAAGAUAGCCAGGGAAACUAAAGAUGAUGAGAUUAUCUCGAAGCAAAUGUCUGUGUGCUUUCAUCUCCUCACCAUGAUGAAGGAACAAGGUUUCCAGAUUGAAGAAAAUACCUAUGGACCUGUGCUUUUGUACCUUAUUGAUAAGAGCAUGGUUCAAGAAUUUCAUUCUCUUCAUCAAACCAUUAAAACUGAGAACCCUAGCUCUCUUGCAAGAUUAGGUUACUAUGAGAUGCUGCAAUAUAUUAGAGUUGGUGAUGAGCAAAAGAUUCAAGAACUCUGCAGUGCAAUAUCUCUUGGUUGCGAAACUAAGAAUCUCAGGAUACAUGAAAAUUAUUUUAUAGCACUUUGUGAAAGUAACCGGAAGAAUGAUAUUUUGCCACUGUUGGACGUUAUUGAUGUAACAAGAUUUGAGUCAGUAGAGCAUAUUUCCACGAUCUUUAAUACCUUUGGAAGGUUGUCUCUGGAGUCCUCCGCGAUGAAGUUCCUUUUGGCAUGCAAAAGUUGUGAUAAUGAUGCAGAAAAAAUCUCAACUCUUGUCUGUAGUUAUGCUACUGGAAUUCCAAAUUUAGAGGUUGAGGAUGUCAUUUUAAAGUUCAAAGAGCUGCACUCAGAACUGGGCAUAAAACCUUCUAUGGGUUCUUAUGAGCAGCUCAUAGCUUACUGCUGUGAUAAACUCAAGGUUUACGUUGCUCUUGACUUGGUCGACCAAAUAUAUGAAGAUCAAUUAUCCUUAUCCAUGGACACGUUUUGUAAACUACUGGAUGCCAUAGAUGAAAGCUCAGACUAUAUUCUGGUCCGGAGGAUGUACUCCUUGCUGAGCAAUCAUGAUUUGCAACCAACUAUUGAUACAUUCAGGAAAUUGAUAACCUUGAGUGUGAGGAUAAAGGACUUUGACCUGGCAUAUGCCAUGCUUGAAGAUCUGAAGAACAGGGGAUUCAAACCUACAGCAACCAUGUUUAACGUUAUAAUGGGAGGAUUUUUCCGGCAGAAGAAUACGUAUAGUGCACUGAAGGUUCUGAAGGACAUGGAGCUCGCGGAUGUAAAACCAGAUUCUCAGACCUACAGCUAUUUGAUAGGCAAUUGUGUGAGUGAAGAUCAAAUUGUAAAGUAUCACGAAAAGAUGCAGCUUGAUGUUGUUAAAUCUACAAAGCAUGUUCCAAUGGCGCUUGUCAAUGCAUAUGCAGCGUCUGGAAAUUUUGAGAAAGCAAAACAGGUACUAUUGGACAAAACCACUGUAGAUGAGGACGUUAAAAGUGUUCUCGUAUCUGCUCUGGCAUGCCAUGGACAAUUUUUUGAUGCACUUGCUAUAUACAAGGAAUUUAAGGAUGCAGGAAACAAUAUAACGUCAAAAGCUGUCAGAAAUCUAAUUGAGCAAUUUCCAUCUGAUGGAGAGAUAAGCGAGUUACUUGCACUGUUGGAAGAAGUGCAUGAUUCUGAGUAUUGGGUAGAUGCAUGUUGCAGGGUUGUGAUACAUUGUAUUCGUAAUAAGCAUUCCAGUUGUCUUUAUGAUUUGCUCAAACUACUCAUGGAGAAAUUUUCAGACGACGAAGUCACAAUGGAAGUGCUAUUUGAUGAGUUCUUUGCAACUAUCGCUGAUACAGAACGACCAGACUUAGAGAUCGGAUUAAAGUUGCUAGGAAUAAUCAAAUGUGAACUUGGUGUAAGCCCUUCCCGAAAAAGUCUUGAUUUUCUUUUGCAUACUUGCGGCAGGGCCAAGGACUUGGCUCAUGCACGUUCCGUGUGGAAAGAGUAUGAACUGGCUGGUCUUCCUUACAAUGUCUUGAGUUAUUUGAGGAUGUACCAAGUUCUUCUGGCUUGUGGAAGCCACACCACUGCCAAAAGCUUCCUAACUAAAAUACCAAAAGACGACCCUCACGUCCGUAUGAUUAUUGUAGCGUGUCAGGUAACCUACAAAUCUAAACCCAGAAAAAAGUAGAAGACAAUAGGGUUAGUUCGUCCUGUCCAUUGAAAUAGCCGUCCUGACUUCAAACCACUCAGAGAUGAGAUGGCAAUUCUUUUAGGGGAACCUUGAUGGAAAGAACAAGCCGUCGGGUGCCCAGGAACAAGUAUAGAAUAGAUCUAUUAACUUCCUGUUAGUGAUUUUGUAUACCCUCAGUUUAGGGACACUUGAAGUGUUGAUAGUCCCUGAACAAGUCACAUGAUGUACUUCAAAAUUCCAAAUACAAGUGAUGAGAAAUCUUAAUUAGAAAAUGUUUUUGAGUAUCGAUCUGAUAUGAUUCCUUUACAUGUUUUCACAUACAUAAUCGAAUUCGUGAGUACUCAAGCACGAGAGCCCUCUCUUUGUACCAUGUUGAGAAUGAUUUCAUUCUAAUGGCUCGAGUCGAUCUCAUACUGUUUCUUUUAAGCCUGCCAAGAGAAUCCCUGAGCUACAAGAAAUGAUCACGUUCGUC